ACAUACAAAAUCUAGAGCGGACCCUUCUUCAAGAGAGAGAGAGAGGGGGCUGGCGUUUGUACUCUCCCGAGUCUCCCUAGCUCCAGGGAGGCAGGCCGGGGCAGAGGACGGGAGAGGAGAGGAGAGGAGGGGGGACGGGACGGGCCGACGAAGGAAGCUGCUGAGGUGAGGAUGAGAGAGAUUCUGAUGGAAAACAUAUUCAUUGAUCCCACCACUACAGCACAGCACAGCGCGGCUGCAGUGAUCGAUCUGCUUUUCCAGACUCGCUCAGAUUGGCGAGAUGCAGCAGGAGUAGGUAGCUAUACCGGUCAGCCACAACUGUAUUUAUCUUUUUCGAGGCCCCCUUUCUAUCUAUCUCUUUCUCGCUGCGUUCGGACAUGGCCCCGCUUAAGUAGCGUAACCCGGACCCAACCCAAUCCACUCCACUCCACUCCAUCCUACUCCGCAAGAGGCCAAUUUAUAGUAUGCCCCCUUUUAUCGUUAUCCAGUCCCCCGUAUCAGAAUCAUGCCCCUCCCUUCCGCUUCCCCUUUUCACAUUUUUCCCCGGUUUCUUUCCCACCCGAAGAUUGAGCUGCGGGACCGAUCACUUGUCCCUCAGCUGAUCGCAGUUGUUGUGGCAGCGAGAGUAUAGUGUACUACAACCACACCACUUCCACUACUGCUCCUUCUCCUUCUACUUCUACUUCUUCUUCUACCUGCUGCUGCUGCUGCAGGAGCUGCGGCUGAUGCUGGAGCUUCUUCUGCUGCUGCUUCGUCCACGAGAGGAGGACGACUACAGGACCCCAUUGGCGAUAGCCGGCGGCCGCAUCCUGCUGCUGUAAGCCCGGUGGGCGUAAAGUGCAGGAUGCUGCUGCUGCCGGUGCGGGAUGGAUGGCUGGAUGGCUGGAUGGCUGGCUCCGGAAGCCGGCGGCUGCCCUGAGAAUCUUCCUCCCUUGACAUGGCGAAUUUCUUCGAGAGAGGGCAAUCGAGGUGGAGGAGGGAGAGGGGCGGAGAAUUUCGCUGCAUCGUGAGGCAAGGAUGGGGCACUGUGGCGCAGUCGCGGUUGACCGAGGCUGGCGUGACCGCAGCGGGACUCGGGUUGCCGGGCGGGCGACUCCGCUGCGUAACCGGAGGUCCGAACUGGGCUGGACUGGACCGCAUGCGACCUCGACAGCGUCGAAGCAUGUGGAGGUUGGCCAGUAUCCAUAUGCGCGUGGUGUAUGUAUGCUACGCGUAAACUUUUGUCCGUUCUGGUCUAUACACGUAGGAGAGGGGUUUUGUCUAUACAAAGAUUCUCGACCAUAAUAAUGAGAUUUGUUGUAGGUCGAACAUAGGAAUAUUUAUCAUGUCAUGUGCCUAAACCCUGUCUCGGAAGUGUAUAUUAAAGUUCUCGGAUCUCG